UUUUAGUUUUUUAUCCUGGGAGCCGAGAAAAAUUAUUAUCGUUUUUCUGGACGUCCGGCGGCGACACCUUCAUCAUAAAAUACUACGUUUACAUCGUAACGUCGUCGACGUUGAGUAGUGUACCUACUGUCGCGUACGCAAAACGUCUUUUGGUUUUGAAAAAAAAAAAAAUCCAAUACACACACACACACACAAUACCUUACUUGUAGUUGUAUUGUAUUUGUUAUUUAGUCUACUUACGGGCCGGUCCCGUGACGUUCGGUGUUUGUCGCGCGACCACGUAAAUCGCACAACAUAAUAUAAUAGGUAAUAUUGUUUUCUUUUAAAACGGCAGCCGAGUGAAAAUACAAAAUUCGGAGUAUGUCCAAAAAACAUCAGACCAGCGUCGUCGGGCUCGCUCAGAUUGUCGCCUGACGGGACACUACCAGACAUCACUAUCGUUUGGCGUUGUAAAUGUUCGAAGGUAGUCUUUCAUCAUGGGGAAGCUGCUUUCCAAGAUUUUUGGUAACAAAGAGAUGAGAAUACUUAUGCUUGGUUUAGAUGCAGCUGGUAAAACAACUAUUUUGUAUAAACUCAAAUUGGGUCAAUCUGUGACAACCAUACCUACUGUCGGUUUCAAUGUCGAAACAGUCAUCUAUAAAAAUGUUAAAAUAAAUGUUUGGGAUGUCGGGGGCCAAGAUAAAAUUAGGCCGUUGUGGCGACACUACUACACAGGUACUCAAGGUUUAAUUUUUGUUGUGGACUGUGCCGAUCGUGACCGUAUCGAUGAAGCUAAGCAAGAACUACAUAGAAUAAUAAACGAUAGAGAAAUGAGGGAUGCUAUUAUUUUAAUUUUUGCCAAUAAACAAGACUUAACAAAUGCGAUGAAGCCACAUGAAAUUCAAGAAAAGCUUGGACUGACGAGAAUACGAGAUAGAAACUGGUAUGUUCAGCCAUCUUGUGCUACUACGGGUGAUGGCUUGCACGAAGGUCUUGCAUGGCUCACAUCAAAUUUUAAACAGUGACACCAAAGUAUCGUACAAUACUUAAUAUAUGUCAUUAUUAUGCAAAUUAUAUAUGAUAAAAGUUAAUAUGAAAAACAAAUUCCAUGUGUACAAUAUUUUGUAUAUGACUUGUUAAACAAAAAUAUUGAACAUCAAUUGUUAAUAUGAAAUAUAAUUUUUUUAUUUAUUUAGAAACUACCGUAUGAAACGACUGGCCUAAUGAUUUUUUUCUCAGCUUUUAAUAUUGUAACUAUAUUUAAUUUGUAUUGAACAAAAAACUUUUAUUUAAAAUAUUUUUGCAAUACGCUCAUCCCACAUACAUAAAAACUAAUUUCUAUGUAUUCAUAUAAAUAAUUCAACAAGCAAUACUACAUCUAUCUCAGUAUAAUGUGUAAUGAUAAUUAUGAUUAUUGCUAUUCAAUAUACAUUUUUUUUUAUCAAAACCCAUAUUUGUUAGUACUAAUAUUUGUAAU